AUAUAGAAAAAAUAUUUUAUUUUCUCUCCAAAAUGUCUAGAACUUUCCUAAUUUUCGCCCUUCUUGCCACAAUUUUGGUACUCGAAGCUUAUAAAGUCCCAACAGAUACUGCCACACAAUUAAAAUUGAAAAAGAGAGGUCAAGCAUGUAUGAAACGAAUUCUUCCAAAGAAUGGACCAUCUAAGGCACUUCAACGAGAACUUGCAGUUUGCUUCAAAGUUGACUGUGCAAUGGGAAUAAUUCCCAAAGUAGAACGCCAAUUUCCUCGAGAAUUCCCAAUUUUGAAAGGAUGUAUGGGAUAUUAAUUGUUCAAAUUGAUUCAGUUUUUUUUAUCAACUUCCUACAUUUUCUCCCCAUUUUUAUAGUCUGACGCACAAAAAUUCUGAUAAACUGGUUCUUUUUUG